UAUCUAUCUUCUAGAAGUGUUCAUUGACCGCAAAUUUCAUGUCAUAUGACUGCUAGAGUGGUUCGACUCUGACAUUUCCCUGGUCAGCAACCUUGGUCGAUUUUCGUACUCUCCGAUCCUCUCCCACUGUAAAAGCGAGGCCUAAGCUCUUCCAUCGUAUCAUGGUUACUCGAUUUGGACAGCGAGCUUCAACCUCGAUCCAUUGAGAUCGAAGCGAGACGCCACGUGCCUGAACUCCGUGGAGGCCCUGUCCCAUGAAGAACUCAAAGCUGUCUUUUCGCUAAACAAGGAUCAGUCCAUCCAUUUGAAAUGGAACGUUCGAGAGCUGGACCAGCUCUGAUGAAUUAGAGGUAAGUGUUCACGGUACGCGGCCGUCUUUGAGAGGGCAUGAUAAAUAUCACCGUGUGCUCUGAUGGUGACCCGAGGGAUCUGUCACCCCCUGAACAAGAGCCAUACUGCGAACAUAUCUCAGCAACAGCAAAAUCAACUUGAAACCGACAAGCGAUACCAAACCUCAGCUUUAAACCAUUCUCUGUUUGUGCCCUGCUCCACAUUUGCGAAUCGCAGAGUCAUUGAAAGCAGACAUUCGGGAUCUCUCGCGAUGGCAACGCUCGAAUGUUUUCUGCACCCUCAUCAUAUUUCUCUGGUGGACAGGCACUCUUUGCGCGCAAAGCUCCAACACGUGGGCGACGCCUACUACAACGUCGACGCCCUGCCUUCACACCACGGAGUGCUAGCCCCAAAGUUCGAUGUCUUCGAGAUAGACUCCAGCGGUGAGGGCGGCAGCGAAAGCAGCGCAGUGCCCGAAAGCGUGACUGGCUGGCUGCUUAUGGGAGAUGUUCCCGGAGUCAGGCCUGAAGAUGUGAAAAUUGAAUGGAUCGACGAGAAAAUCAUCUUCAUACGUGGAAAGGUUCAAGGCUCCACGGCUCUUAACUUGGAUUCAUUGGAAGCUUUCCAGGGAAUCGAGAUUGCCCAUUUGAAACCUCUCCAUAGGGAGAGACAAGAGGGAUCCUUCGAGCGUUCUGUUACUUUCCCGGAAAAAGUAAAGGUCAAGAACGUGGACAUAGCAGUUCAGGACGGGCUUGUGCUGGUCAAAGUGUUGAGGGAAACUUAAGGGGAGCGGAGCCACGGUGAAUGGAUAGGGCAAUUAAGAAAAGGCAUGGCUUGGAAACAUUAUUUGCAUGGAAUAUACGCUGGCUGUGGCCCGCAUGCAGGUGUGCGGCCUGAUGCCAUUUCCUGCCUAAAUGAAAUAUUUUGGAGACCUUAAGUCUAUUUCAAUGCAUCGGGAGCUUGAGCGAGGGGGCGUGAUGCCUACCUACCUAGGUAGGUACCUCCCGGUACCUUGUCCAGAUCUACCCCGUUCGGUUGCACCCGAGUCCUUGG